CAACUUUGCGUUAUUGAGAUGAAAAUUCCUAAGUGAAAAAAACAAAAUGGCAGCUAUAUGGAUAACCGCUGAGUUUUGGACACUUCAAAUACAUCAUUUCGUAGUCUCUUAUCAUCCAGGAACAAUACCCUGAAAUGUUCGACACCACUUCUGAAACACUCUGUAUAUACAGUAGUAUGAUCGUAGUCAAUGUAUUGUAUUCUAGGUUCCUUGAUCGUAGUUUUAAAUGUAUCCGCCAAUCGUAAUUGUGUUAUUCCACUAAAUUAUUCUCGUUUAAGAAUGAGGGUUACAGUUCAAUGAGCAGGGGAAGUUGUGUGAGUGUACCAGAUUUUUUUUAACCCAUAUUCAAGAUAAAUAACUGAAUGAUAGUCAAUAAAAAUGUCCAAUGUAGAAAAUGCUGAAUUGAUGAUGACUGAUGACAAUGAAUCUGGUGGUGGUGAACAAUCCAAUCCAGCCAACUGUCAGCUGAACACUUCUAACAGAACUCAGUUGCUAAACAUCAGAUCGAAUGUGAUGAAUUUGAAGUCGUAUCCAGGACCUGUGACUAGCAGGGUGGAUAUGAUCCGCAACGAGUUGAACUCGGCAGCAGGAGAUAGCAGCAGGCAGAUGGAUAUUUCGUUAAGCAGUCCCGAAGAGUGCACUGACAACCGCCGCACCCAGUCAUCGAACAGCUUGAGGUCCUAUCGCAAGUAUAACAGUGUUGAUAACGACGAUGACGAGGAUGAUAACACUAAGGUUGUGAAUAGGUCUCAGGACUCGGAUGAUUAUAAUAUCGAAGUUGAUGAUGGGUUGUUUAGAGUGGCCGGAUUCAUUGACUCGGAUGAUGAGAGGUUAGAAGUGGAUUUGGACAUUGUGAAGGCGGCUUUCAAGAACAGCCAUUUGGAGAGACCGUUUGUCAACCUGUAUACAAUACCGAGUCUCACACACGAUAGAAGAGAUAUCACCAUUUUGUUGACGGAAUCGUACAAUAGUUGGUUGAAAGGUUAUAAAGCGAUAAAUGCUAUAGAACAAGAACAACAGCAGCAGCCGAAGCAACAGCCGAUUGCUGAGAAAGCGUCGCCGGUUCCGAAGCAAUCGUUCGCUGAGAGAAUGAAAGAUAAAACAAAUGUGACAACGCCUCCUAAACAGGAGGAAAAAGAGUUGUAUGUUCAGUUGAUUGAUAUCAACAGCAGCCCCGGUUGAAUGAAAACAAGAGCACUAGGGAAGAAAGUUUGAACAAUACCACACACAGCAUUCCAUCCCCUGUGUCCGAGAAAGAAGAGAAGAUCUUCAAUAAAGCGCAAGAUUUCCCAGACCUGUAUAGUAGAACGAAUUCGGCUGCGAAAGGAUUACGCUCCUCGCCAGCAACUUACAGCAAUAAAUCGCAUUCAUCGCCAAAGGAGUCGCCUCGAGCCAGCUCUUCCAACAUUGUUGUCGAAAUAACCACUGAAGAAAAGUGGAAUCCGAGCACAGGGGCGUGGUCGAGCAAUCGCAGACCUAGACAGAAGCAGUCCAACAACGACGUGAAUAACCCUACUAACGACCAGCAGGUGAAUGCAGGUGCAGAAGACGAGAAGGUGCAAUGUCCCAUUUGCCAGCGCAGCUUCUCCAAGUCCAAAGUCGAGACCCAUGCUUCUAUGUGCUUCCAGUUUCCAAUGGAGACUAGGUCAGUUCCACCUCUUAUUUCAA